CCUGACGCCGCAAGAGCGCUCAAUGCCGGGUCGCAGCAGCCACAUCCAGCCGCACGGCUGUGACAUGCGCACUGACUUUGCUGCAGCCCAGCCUGGUCUUGCACAGCAAAAUUUGCGGACUGCUAUGGAGCCGCCUGAGUUUUAGUUACAUGCUAUCAACGGAGAGCUUUGAGCAAAGAAAAUGGACGAGUGCUGGUGGCCGCCUAAUUAGCGAUCCGUGGGAGUUUGUUAAUAACGCGGAAAGCAGUCCUGUGAAAUAAACGAGGAGGGCCUGCGGGAGGAACUCGGCUGGAAGGAAAUAGAGGAGAACAGGAACGGCAUUGUCGAGGGUGGGAGGCAGUCAUGGAAGAUUUUGGGUCGGCGAUGGAGAAGAAUGCGACCGAGCUGACUGUCAUGGACGUGUACGACAUAGCCGCAGUGGUGGGACAGGAGUUUGAGAGGAUCAUAGACCAGUACGGCUGCGAAGCGCUCUCCAGGCUAAUGCCCAAGGUUGUGCGAGUGCUGGAGAUCCUGGAGGUGCUGGUCAGCCGCAACAGCAUCAGCCCGGAGACGGAGGAGCUGCGUCUGGAACUGGAUCGCCUGCGGCUGGAACGGAUGGACCGGCUGGAGAAGGAAAAGAAGCACCAGAAGGAGCUGGAGCUGGUGGAGGAUGUGUGGAGGGGGGAAGCUCAGGACCUGCUGUCCCAGAUUGCCCAGCUGCAGGCCGAGAACAAGACCCUGCUCAACAACCUCUCCUACAAGGACUGCCCAUUGUCUGAGGAGGACCUGCAGAGGCAAGAAGGCAUGUCAGAGAGGGAACGGCAGGUGAUGAAGAAGCUCAAGGAGGUGGUGGACAAGCAGAGGGACGAGAUCCGAGCGAAGGACCGGGAGCUGACGCUAAAGAACGAGGAUGUCGAGGCUCUCCAGCAGCAGCAGAACCGGCUGAUGAAGAUCAAUCACGACCUGCGGCACAGAAUCACACUGGUGGAGGCGCAGGGCAAGGCGCUCAUCGAGCAGAAGGUGGAGCUGGAGGCCGCGGCCCAGGCGCGGCAGCAGGAACUGGCAGGUCUGCGGCAGGAGGUGGCCAAGCUACGGGAACGCCUGCAGGGGGCGCUGAGCCAGAAUGGCGAGGAGCCCUCCUCACCACCCCAGAUCUCAGAAGGGGCAGUUUCAGACCUUCAGGAUUCCGUUUGGGCUGAGUGCCGCACCAGUUCAGAAUUCCUCUUGAAGGGCCCUGAAGCAGUGGAUCACCUUUCCCUUCCCGCUCGCUUUGAGAACAGGAAGCCAAAGGAAGGGAGGGAAAAUGUUGAGGAUGAGGAAGAAGCUGUGUUGCUAUGGGAGGCAUUUUGUGAGGAGGAAAUGCCAGAGGAGAAGAAUGCCUUGGACUUGAAAGACCCCAACCGACCCCGCUUCACUCUCCAGGAGCUGAGGGAUGUCCUGCAUGAGAGGAAUGAGCUCAAAGCCAAAGUGUUCAUGCUGCAGGAGGAGCUGAGCUACUACAAAAGUGAGGAGGCAGAGGAAGAGACAGCCCCCCCAGCCACAACGCCCUCCCCAGUAAUGCGGCCGCGUCCCAACGUUCAGCCUGAGUCUGGGAUCAAGCGUCUGUUUAGCCUUUUCUCCCGGGACAAGAGACGGACCUCACAGAGGAACGUACGCUUUGAGGAGAGCUUAUGGGAAGGCAGAGGCGACGUGUACACAGAGCAGGCCCAGGAGGCUUUGCAACACCUGUAGCUACAGAGCUCCAUGGGUCUUGGCUUGACGGCCACAUCCUGGGCCUGCAAGACUUAGCACUUGACUUUCGUACACCUACAACAUGAAGGGGAGCUUUCCCUGUCUGCAAAUAGCCAGGUUGACCACAAGGGGGCAUGGAGGAUACUAACUGCUUUAGAAGUACCAUUAGCAUUAAAUAACUCCCAUCGUCGAGUCCGUUUGCCUAGUAUGCUAGGUGGGGUUGUGCUUUAUUUGGGCAUUAUGUACGUUCAUCAGUGACUUGUGCAGCAUCUCCUCCUAUUAGUACAAAUACAAUACAGCAAUGAAAUGGGACCUGACCCGUGGUUAUCGUGUUGGCCUGUAGGAAAGCUGUGCAUUAGAAUGCAGCAGGGGUGCAUUGUGGGAACACAAGACGAGAGAGGGGAAGUUUAAAGGAGCAGAUGAUCGCCAGGGGAAAAGUGGGACGGUGAGGGAUUGUGGAAGUUAAGGGCGAGGAGCAGGAGAGCCUCCUAAAUGUGGGUCAUUAGAAGGAGAGCAGGAUGGAGAACGAGGCCAGCUUAUUCAGCAGACCUGAAAUGGACAGACGGUUUGUGUGGUAUUUCAGCUGGAUAAACAGCAUGGCACCCUCUGCACGCUACUGGUGGGCCGCUGCGUGAUGAGCUUUAAUGGAUCCGGUUACAGUGAGAGAGCAAUGGACCGACACAUGGCUUGACAUGCAUGCCAUUGGGGUCUGCCCUGUUCAGACCCAUUUACUGCACUUGGCGUGAGGCAUUUUACGCCAAUUUCACUGACCCUACCCACCCAGGUUUACAUGUGGUGAGCCCUGGAUUCCUGAUUCUUCAGUGUAGGUUUAUUUUGAAUAUGCAGGAACCACCGUGUACAGGGUGGGCUAAAAGUAGGUUUUUAUUUCACAACGUCAUUUUUAAAAGUAGGUAUACUGCUUUAAUUUUACAGUACUGAUUGAGUCAUAUUUAGUCUCCUAUGUGUUUGAAAUGUCUUCCGUCAAUGUUGAUACAUUCCUGAAGCCUGUCCCUGUCACUGUGACACACUUUAGCACACAAAUCCCAGUUAGCAUCAAUGUCCACAAAUGCUUGCGAGAUGAACUCCUUCAAUUCAUCCACUGUGUGGGGCUUCCUCUCAAAAACCUUCUCCUUUACUACACCCAAAAAAAAGUCCAUGUGUGUCCGGUUGGGUGAACAUGGUGGCCAUUCAGUGCCGCCAUGUCGCCCGAUCCACCGCUGUGUAAAGGUGUUGUCAAAACUGUAUACCUACCUUUAAAAACAAUUUUGCAAAAUAAAAAUGUUACUUUAUAACCUUUAUAACCUUUACUAUGUAAAAUAAAAGCUGUAUACAUACCUUUUGGCCUGCCCUGUAUAAGGCAGGGUACUACCAAGUCCAUCUAUCACACAAUCCAGAGCCCUGGAGCUGGGGGGUGGUGUCAAAACAUUGGUUUGUUUUGAAUCUUGAAAGAGGAAUAGUCCUUUUAUCAUUGUUUGAAAAACAAUCACUGUAGUCAAUACAGUCCAAAGGCAUUUGUUGAUGACACUACGGAAGUGUUUAUAAAAACCCAUUUAUAUUUUCUUCUAUACAUUUUUUAAAUAAAUUUUAAUGUUUGCUCUCCAUUGCUUUCUCACUUUGCUUUUAGAGUUACUUCAAAUGAGUAUUUUUGUUGUUUAAGCUCUUCUUUCGUUUGUCUUUGGGAUAUAAUGAGAUCACCCGCGAUUGUCGGCCGUGUUGCUGCCAGCUUGUCGGGGGGGACUUGUGUCUGUGAAUCUCACACAGGGUUCCUUUGUAACCCAAACAAGUAAACUAAAUAAUCACUGUUUGACUUAUAAGCUUAUGAAAACAUGGACAUUUAAAAGUGAGACAGGGAUAAUUGAACACUGUGAAAACAUCUCAAAAAAACCCUUUUGAAAGGGAUUUAAAGAUGUUUUAAACUGUCAAGGUACACCAUUUAAGAGUGAAGCAGUUUGCUUAAACUGAUCAACUGGCAGAUCCACAUUUAAAGGGAAUGUUUAAUACUUGUACAUCAGUCCAGCAGAACAGUAAUCAUGCGAGAACAGCAUUGCUACCUUUAGGCUUUCCUGAACCCCAGCCCAGCUGUGUUUUUGUUCAGUGGCUCAGUGUAUCCGUAGUUACAUAUUUUGAAAACAUCUGUAGGCUCCACUUCAACUUACUUUGUACAAAAUAAAUCUGAAGGCUAUUUAAAUUUGCUUUUCAGGUUACUAAAGUGCCAUCAGUUCUCUGUAUAGAAAUUUAUUGACUGGCAUUGAUUUGUAUUCAAUUUAUGUGCCUUGAAAAUAUUGUUUGCAAAAAAAAAAUAACAGUAUUGCUUCCAGCUGUGAUUUUGCAAUAAAUAUACCAUGUUUUAAUGUC